AUGGCCCGGGGAGGGGCGCCCCCCGCCUCCUCGUCGGCUCCCGAGCCCUUGCCGCGCCGCGCCUUGAGGAAACUGCUGCUGGUGCUGGGCUCCCUCCUCAUGUCGCUCUACGCCAGUUACUGCCUGGCCGGGGCGGCGCGCGUCCUCGCCCGGGAUCCGGCCCCGGCGCCGCUGGCUCCGGCGGGCGAGGAGCUGGCCGGCACGCCGCGGGAUCCCCUCAUGCCGCCCCAGCCGGGGGGAGAGGGCACCAAGCGCCUGCCCCAAGCGGUGAUCAUCGGCGUGAAGAAGGGCGGCACCCGGGCGCUGCUCGAGUUCCUGCGGGUGCAUCCGGACGUGCGGGCGGCGGGCGCCGAGCCCCACUUCUUCGACCGCAACUACGGCCGGGGGCUGGCCUGGUACAGGGAUUUGAUGCCAAGGACACUUGAUGGGCAGAUCACCAUGGAGAAAACUCCCAGCUACUUCGUCACUAAGGAAGCACCUGCUCGAAUCUCAGCCAUGUCAAAGGGCACCAAGCUCAUUGUGGUAGUGAGAGACCCCGUUACUAGAGCCAUUUCUGACUACACACAGACUCUCUCCAAGAAGCCCGACAUCCCCACCUUUGAGAGCCUGGCCUUCAAAAACAGGACUACGGGCCUCAUUGACACCUCCUGGAGCGCCAUCCAGAUUGGCAUCUAUGCCAAGCACCUGGAAAACUGGCUUCUAUAUUUCCCAAUUGGGCAGAUUCUCUUUGUCAGUGGGGAGAGACUAAUCAGUGACCCUGCUGGUGAGUUGGGCCGGGUCCAGGACUUCCUGGGUCUCAAACGGAUCAUCACAGACAAACACUUCUACUUCAACAAGACCAAGGGCUUCCCAUGCCUGAAGAAGGCAGAAGGCAGCAGCAAGCCUCAUUGCCUGGGCAAAACAAAAGGGCGGACCCACCCCAACAUCGACCAGAAGGUGGUCCAGAGGCUACGUGAGUUCUACAGGCCUUUCAACAUGAAGUUCUACCAGAUGAGUGGGCAGGACUUUGGCUGGGAAUGA